GGCUGGGGGCCAACCUGGGCAUUAGCCUCUGCGCCUGCCUGAUCGCACGCCUUACAGUUGGAUCCCUGCAUCCGCGCAGAACUCGCAGGCCUCUCCUGGGUCCACGAAGGUCUGCGCAUCUGUUGUUCCCAAAGCUCUGGGAGGCCUGCAAAAGAGGAGCGUCCCGCCAGGAUCCCUGCAGGACUGGAAAAGGAGGGGAAAUCGCGAUAUGGAAGAACUCUACAGUGAAAACGAAGAAAUACCUUCCAACCAAGGAAAGAGGGAAAAUGAAGAACAGCCACAGGAUGAGGAAAAGCCUGAAGAAGGAGCCUGUACUCUUAAAGAAAAGGAAAUGUUAGAAAAUGAUGGAAAGGCUGCAGAUAAGGAAAUUCUAAAGGAUAAGGAAAAGCCAGAGAGUGAGAGAGCAGCAAAAGAGGAAGGAAAGCCAGAGAGAGAGGGAAAGGUGGAAAGUGAGGAAAAGCCAGAGUGCUCAGGAAAGCCAGAGAAUGAAACAAAGGCUGCAGGAAAGCGCCCAGCUGAGGAUGACAUACCCAGGAAAGCCAAAAGAAAAACCAACAAGGGGCUGGCUCAUUACCUUAAAGAGUAUAAGGAGUCCAUACAUGAUAUGAAUUUCAGCAAUGAGGAUAUGAUAAGAGAAUUUGACAGUAUGGCUAAGGUGAAGGAUGACAUGAGAAAAAGCAAACAGAAAUUAGGGAGGCUUUUGUGGAUGCAAAGAAAUUUAGAGGACCCCUUCUACCCAAGGGGCCCAAGGGAAUUCAGGGGUGGCUGCAGGGCCCCACGGAGGGACCUUGAAGAUAUUCCCUAUGUGUAGCACUCCUGGCAAGCAAUAGCCAGGUCUUGUGUUUUAAGAUAAUACUUUGUUUUAAGUGUCUCCUCUGUUACCAGAAGUUCUUUUGACACUAUAGCAGCACUCACUCCGUGUUUAUGUAGGGAAUUUUCCCCAUGUGUAUUGCAAAGAUGUUGUGAUUUUUGGAGAAAUAAAGGAAUUUACAAUGUCA